AUGGGCUGUGCUCACACCAAACCCAUGAAGAAGGCAGCCUGCAUCAACAUUGAGAAGUACUGCACAUACCUGGGCAAUGACUUUCACACGAACAAGCAUGUGUGCAGGGAGAUCGCCAUUAUUUACAGCAAAAAAGCAGGCUAAGUCACACCUCUGAUGAAGCAGAUUCAGAGAGGCCCCAUCCGACGUAUCUCCAUCAAGCUGCAAGAAGAGAAGAGAGAAAAGAUAGAUAAUUAUGUCCCUGAAGUCUCAGCUCUUGAAGAGAUCAUUGAAGUAGAUUCUGCCACUAAGGAUAUGCUGUUGCUUUUGGACUUUGGUAGUUUGUCCGACAUGCAGGUCACUCAGCCUACUAUUGGAAUGAAUUUCAAAACACCAUGUGAAGCUGUUUGA